AUGAAAAACUGUAAAUUUAAUGUACUCCAGAAGAAGAAUAUGUUAAUUUUGAUUUUUGUUGGCUACUGUUUUGCAGUUCUUGUAAAAACCGUCAUCUUUUUGGCACCUUUCAAGUGCAGUGAUUUUAUUUUGGCAUCAAGUGUAGAAACAUCGGAGACUUCUUUGUCUUGUAGACAUAAAAAGGAUGAUACUAUUGAUGAUAAUUUGUUGUCUCAAGAUAAAACAGAGAAAAAUAAAAAAGUGCAUACAUUGACAAAGACUUUAUGGAGAAAAUGUUGUAUCGUUAUGGUAUACAUACUUUUAGCACUUUUUUUGACAAGCCUUUUGCUUUUAAUUCCUUUAUAUUAG